AUGUCUUGUGUACAAGCGCACCAUAUGCAAAACAAUAAUCAUAAUAAUGUUUCUGGAGGAUUCCAAAGCAUAAUAUUCAGCGCUGCUGUUAUACCGCAUAAUCCACCAUUACAAGUAAACAAUAUUCAACAAGCUGCUGGUGGUGGUCAACGAUUAUUACGUAUAGGUAGAAAGAUAUUUCCUAAAAAUAAAAAUACAACUUUAAAAAAAAAAGAGUUUUUAAAUUAG